UAAAUACAUGUCCACUCUCAUCUUCUACUCUCAACCAAUUCAAUAAACUUCUUUCUCUCUCUCAAGAACAACUUUUCAAGGUUUUCAAAUUUCAAUUCAAAUUAGCAAAACGAAAAUUGUUUCAGACAUGGCACCAAUAAACGAUGCAUCAAAGCUAAAAUACAUCAAGCAACACCUGCUUGGUGAUCUUUCUCCAAUUGGUGGGCUUUCAAUUUUUGAUCAAAUAUGGAGUUCAGAAAUGAAUACCGAUUUCUCCACCUCGAAAUCUGAUUCUCUCUGCUCCAAAACCUCGAGCUCUGACUCCACCAUUGAAAUUGCAGACUACUUGAAUCACAACGAAGUCUUCGAGUUCAGUUCAAAUCCAAACGAUUUUUUCGAUUUUGAAUUGAAACCCGAAAUUCUUGAUCUCAAAACCCCUAAAUGGGCCAAAUCCCAUACUACGCUAACCUCUCAAUCGAGUAUUGGUUCGUUUGAAUUCGAAUCUAAACCUGAAAUUAUCGAUCUCGGAGUUUCCACCUCUGAAUCGAACAGCUUUUCGUUCGAAUUCGAAUCCAAACCUCAGAUAGUCCGCCAAACGAACCGAAAGCCAUCUUUGACGAUUUCCCUUCCUGCGAAAACAGAAAUAAUUCAAUUCGGAGCUCCUAAGGCUAAGGACUCCGUACAAGUGAAAUCGAUCGAGAAAGAGAAGAAGCACUACCGAGGUGUCAGGCAAAGACCGUGGGGAAAGUUCGCGUCGGAGAUCCGAGAUCCGAGUCGGAAAGGCUCACGGGUUUGGUUGGGUACCUUCAACACCGCCAUUGAAGCCGCUCAAGCUUACGACCGAGCCGCAUUCAAGCUUCGCGGCUCCAAAGCCAUACUCAACUUUCCAUUGGAAGCCGGGAACUAUAAGAACAGUGACGUAAUCGAUAAGAAACGACGUCGUCAGGAGGAAGAAGUAAUAGAAGAAGUGGUGGUGGUAAAGAAAGAGAAGUUAACGGAGUUUGAUGAGGCCGUUAACUAUUUGAAGAACAUGCCGUUGACGCCGUCUGAUUGGUCGGCCGUUUGGGAGUCUGAUGGGAACGGGGUUUACAAUAUGCCGCUUCUUUCGCCGUUAUCUCCACAUCCAACGUUGGGUUACUCACAGUUAAUGGUUGUAUAAAUGGAAUUUUAAUUUGACUUUUUGUCUCUUAAGUCCUCAGUUAUUUUUGUAUAUUUGGGCUUCGAUAUUCGUUUAUUCUUUUUAAAGAAAAUAGAGAGAAUUUGAUUUCA